CCAUCGUUGUGCAUUUUCCUUUACCAACGAUAAAAUGAAUAUGGCAGCCUAUGUAGCCAUAAUAGGUACAAAGGACAAUCCGGUGUACGAAUUGGAGAUAGGGGGAGGAAGCGAAAAGCAAGACAAGAGCUUGGGUGCGCACUUGAAUCAAUUUAUUGUGCAUGCAAGUUUAGACAUUGUAGAACAAGUUCAGUGGACUAGCAAUGCACUUUAUGUCAGAUCUAUUGAUCAAUUUCACGAAUUGUACGUUUCGGCCUAUAUUACCCCAUCCAAUAUGAAAUUUAUGCUUCUUCAUCACCCUCAAAGCUCCGAUGGUAUAAAGAUUUUUUUUCAAGAAAUUCAUGAGCUGUAUAUUAAGACUGUCAUGAAUCCUUUCUACCAACCUAAUGAAUCCAUCAAAUCACAAGCCUUUGACUUACAAGUUCGGUCGCUGGCCCGGAAACUGUUGUAAAAAUAAUCCCUUACUCCUUUGAUGAUCUUAUUAUGGAAAAGAUUUAUUUUGUAUAUGAGCUUGUUAGCAAACAACUCUAUACACAAGUCGAUACACUACGAUGUUCAUAACGACUACUUGAGAAACCAAUGCAUAGAGAACUUUUCAUUUAAAUCUUUAGCUUGAUUCAAUAAUCAGAGUCACUCUUGUUGAAACUUUCACUUCUUUAGUCUUAAUUGAGGAUGUACUAGAUGGUUACUGAAACUCAUUUUGAAAGCGUCAC